AUGGCGUGGCUCCGCUACCUGCUGCGCGGCAUGGUGGUGGCCGCUGCGCUGCUGGUGCUGUGCGUGGUGGGCGCCUCCCUCGUGAGCGCUGCCCCCGCUUUGGCGAACGCAGCCCCGCUUUCGGCCGAAGAGCAGAACACGCUGAAGUUCCUGCAGGGCUUUGCAUUGUCCAACCCGUCUCUUGUGAGCGCGUGGACGGGCACGGACUUCUGCAAGUGGCCGUACGUGAUUUGCGCCGAUUCUGGGCACGCCCUCGACUUCGGGGACCAGAACUCGCCGCUGUUCAGCGGAUCGCUGGUGCUGCCCGAGUUGCCCGAGGGUGUUGACGGCUCCCUGGUGAUGUUCGUCAAGAUCUCCAUAAAGGGGAUGGGCGGGAAGGUCACUGGCACGCUGCCCUCGAGCUGGGGUGGCCUGACGCGACUGACGGCACUGUUUCUGAAUGGCAACGCGCUGAAGGGCCCUGUGCCUGCUACGUGGAGCGGGCUGAAAUCGCUGCUGUACUUGUGGCUGCAAGACAAUCGCCUGGACUGCCCUCUCCCUGACACGUUGGGUUCACUUACGGGGCUCAACGCUCUCUACCUGUCGAACAACGCGCUUUCGGGCUCGCUGCCUGCUUCGUGGAGCGGCAUGAAGAGUCUUUCGACACUGAAGCUGGACACCAAUGGCAUUGAGGGCAGCUUGCCUGCCGAAUGGAGAAACAUGAAGAAGAUCGGUAAUAUUCAACUUGGGAGCAACAAGCUGUCGGGCUCGCUGCCUGCUGCCUGGAGCGGGAUGUCUCUUCUCAGUGAGCUGGAUCUAUCAGACAACCAGUUUGCCGGUUCAAUCCCCGCGGAGUGGGGUCGCAUGCGCAGUCUAUCCUCUGUGCUGCUUGGUGACAACAACCUGUGCGGCUGCCUACCAACCGAGUGGGUGGAGGGCUACCUAGAUGUCGACGCGGAUCCUCCGAUGCUCGCGUCGGACUGUAAAAUCCAAAACCAGUGCAAAGUUACCACGACCACCACGACAACCACCACGACGACCACCACUACGACCACUACCGCCCCUCCCACCACCAGCACCACCGUGCCUCCCACAACCACCCCCAUGCCCCCCACGACGAGCACGACAAGCGCGCCUCCCCUGCCGCAGAAGUCUGGGCGGAAGCUGGUCCCUCUGUGGUGUGUGCUGGGAGCGGUGGGCGGUGCUCUCGCGGGAGUCGCUGCGGGCCUCGGCGUGUACUUCUACCGCCGGCGUCAGCGCAAGGAGGCGGAGGAGAAGCGGUCCCGUGCGUCUGAGGAGAAGGCGGAGGAGCCGUUUGCGCAUACGCCUGACACGCCGUAUUGA